AAACGCUUUGGCUUGUACGGUGCUCGUGGGCUACAAGAGCCAAACAAAAGCGAGCGGGUCUGUAGCCUACAGAACAAUUGAAUCGUUUGAAUUAGAGUUGAUCUGCUGAUAUCACUAAUGCUGAUCGGAUACGUAAAUUCUUGAUCGUUCCCCAAUGCUAGCGGCCAUGAGUGGGCUCAUUCUCAAGAGGAAGUACGAGGAGGUGGAGGAGGACCCAUGCUACUCCUCGUCAUCCUCACUCUCCUCUUCGGCCUACUCCGGCUCGGACUCGGAGAGCGAGAGCUGCUACUCUGACACACUGGACUCCACCCCCAGCAACCCCAGCUCCCCAGCCACACAUUUCCACACCACAUCCAUCUUGAAGAAGGCAAAGCGGGUGCGGCGGGAGCGCGGGACCAACGUGACCUUUGACCAGGUGACUGUGUUCUUCUUCCAGCACUGCCAGGGCUUCAUCAGCGUGCCCAGCCGGGGGGGCUGCUCACUGGGCAUGGUGCAGCGUCACAGCGCCCUGCGCACCUACACGCUGGCAGAGUUUGCUGCAGAGCAGAUUGUACUACGCCGCAAGAAGCUCCUGGACCGCCUAAGGGAGGAGAAGCUGGAGGCGCUGAAGCUGAAGCUGACCAAGAACGGCACGCAGGAGAGUGAGGAGGCAGAGCACCUGACCGUAGACGACAUCCCAGAGGAGGAGCUGGACCUGGGCACCGCCGGCACCUGCCUGGACGAUGGCUCCUUCCUGCACCCGUACUCGUCCAAGCGACGCCAUAUGCUCCUCAAAGCUGCCGGCGUCAAGAAGAUUGACAAGGAAGAGAAGAGGCAGUUGCACGAGCUGCGUGUGUCACGUGAAGACUGCGGCUGCAACUGUCAGGGCUUUUGCGAGCCCGAGACCUGCGGUUGCAGCCUGGCUGGUAUCAAAUGUCAGAUGGACCACUCGUCUUUCCCUUGUGGCUGCACUAAGGAUGGCUGCGGAAACACGGAAGGCCGCAUACAGUUUAACUCCAGCCGCGUGCAGACCCACUACAUCCACACCAUCAUGAAACUGGAACUGGAGAAACGUCUGGAGGAGCACUCUGGACCAGAGGAAGAGGAGGUGGAAGGGAAGCUUGAGGUCAAUGGCUUCCAGUUAGACUGCUCUAACCACGGUUACGGCCACAGCUGCAAGCCCCUGGGGCUCCCACCUCAAGCGGAUCAUUCCUGCCAAACAGUUUCUCUCCCCACCGGAACCUCUUUCCACUUCUGCACAGAGCUGGCGGCGGGUGGGGAGAACAGCUGCAGCAGCGACAUGACGGACUCGUCCUCGGGCUCCUCUGCCCACGAGGACUCUGAGGCAGGGGAGCGUAGCCCAGGUGAGGAAUGCUUCCCGCUGGGUGUGGAUGAGAGCAGCCUAAGCCGCAUCCUGAGGUUCAGCAACGCUGACAAUGAAGACUGUACCAUCAACUGCAGGGGUGUGACAAACUGCCUCAACAACAACUGCCAUGAGAAGCAGCAAGCUCUGCAGCAGUCGACCACAUCCUUGUUCGGAGGCUUCAGCUCGGCAGAGUUCCCUGAUGAGAAUGAAAACAUUGAUGCCGCCCUGUUAGACUCUAUAGAUGAUCACAUGAGCAGUCGGGCAGCAACAAUAUCGGAACUGUUGGACGAGAACGCCAACCAGGGCAAUGGUCUCUUCCACAGUGGCAGUGUUCAACGCACUCCCUCACCGUCCUUUGACCAGUCAGUCAGCUAUGGCAUGGACCUGAGCUUGUCCUCCGAGUCAGACCUGGAGUUUUUUGAUGGCUUUCCCUGUCUGGGGACGAGCUCGCUCUACAACUCCCUUAAAAAAUACGAACACAACAAUUUCUUUCAGUUCCAGAUGCCUAGUUACCCCAGCCUCCUUCAGGCCAGUGAUCCGGGGACCUGCCUUCUGGAGUCUCUGAUUGGCCUGUCAGAAUCUGUCCCAGAAUCCCCUGCUACUUUUACAGACAAUCAGUUGUUAGAGGAAGCCUUCAAGCUUUCUGUUAUGGAAUCUGUGAAAGGGUAACACAACAUAAUGUUCAUAGGAUUUGAAAAUAGGAAAUGAAAAGGGGGGUGGGGGCUGUCAGUGCACAAACUUGUCACUUGAUGUCAAGUAAUGUCAAACUUGUCAUAAACUUGUUUUUGAUGUUCACGGUUCAAAGCUGUGAUCUCCCUCUAGCUUAUAAUUUUCACGAUUCCAUACUUGUCUUCCAAAUGUGAGCAAAGCAGUGUUGGGACUAAUGAGAUACAAAAUGACAUUUCAGUUAAGAGUCUGUGUAAGAAAUACAAGCUCAAUUUGGUUGUUUUGAAAUUAUCUUAAGAGUGAUACUGCCUGUCAAAUCCUUUUUCAACCAAACUUAAAACUCCAUCCAAAAGGUGUUGUGCAUAAGCCUUGUUGGUGUCAUGAAAGGGAAUCUUUGUUGAAUGUGCACCUCAGGGACUUUUUGUAGCUUUUAUAGUAUGUAUUGUGACUGAUGCUGUGUUUAGGAGUGGGCCUACCUUGAAACUGACACGGUCAUGAUGUUGACCCCUACAUGGGUGUAUGGCUCUGUCACAGUUGACUUGAGUAGAUGGGGGUCAACUCUGUUAUUGAUUCUAAAGGGGAGUCAUUAUCCUCAAAAUUUCUUUUGAUUCUCUCGGAUGGAUUCAACAGUUGAGAGGAUGGGGUUAUUAUUUAUGAGAUUGUUAAACUACAAAAUGAUUUCAGUUGAAAGUGAUGUUCAAAACAGAAGCUGAAAUAUCUCAUGUUUAUUUUUUAUUUAUUUAAUUCAUAAUGUUAUUGUAUUUAUUUCAUAUGAUGACCUAUAUCAUUCAUAUUGAAGGGGCACUUUGGUUUGACAUUUUUACCCGGAAGUACUAUCUCCUUAUCAAUUCCCCUCCCCCCCUUUUCUUUAGGCCUACAGAGAAGCAUCAGGGAAACAGGACAAGUCUUUAAUAUAUGUUAUAUAUGUUAUUAAUUUAAAUAUAAUGCAUUGGUGAAUUAUUUUGUUUAUUAUUUCACUAGUUCUUAUAAUAUGAGACAUUUUAUUUGAAGGCAAUAAAAUGGGUGGUUUACCGCUUG